AUGUCUCUGCAGAACACUGACUGGGCCAAUCAGACAAGCUCCGCUCCAAUUCUGGAUGCCCGUGUUCUCGCCAGUAAAAUUCGUGAUAGCGAUGGCAAACCCGUAAUAGACCCCGACAACGCACGUCAUGGGGAAGUAGACCAAGGAACACUCCCGACGAUCAAGGACGUCAACCGUUAUUCUCCCAAGAAUGAAUCGAAAAAGCCAUCGUCUCCCAAACCCAAGGAAGGAUCCAAAUCUCCAUCUCAUUCGGAGGCCACCAAGAAGUCCAAGUGUGCAAGCAUAAAGGGGGUGUCGAUAGACGACCCCAGACCAACAUUCAAACGCUACAAGCUCGUUCUCUGA